CUCAAACACUUCAUAUUUUCUUUCAAUAACCAUGAAAUCUCUUUCAAUUGCAUUUGCUGUUCUCGUGCUUCUCGUCGUUACGUCAGACUCGGAGGCUGCAAUCUCAUGCAGUGAUGUGAUUAAGGACUUGAAACCUUGUGUGAGCUACUUGGUUAGUGGAAGUGGACAACCACCAAGUGAAUGUUGCACUGGAGCUAAAUCUCUUGCGUCUUCUGUAUCAACAUCAGAGGAUAAAACAGCUGCUUGCAACUGCAUCAAAUCUACUUCCAAGAGUUUCAAAAUCAACUCACAAUUGGCUAAGUCUCUUCCAGGAAACUGUGGAAUAAACAUUCCAAUCAGUAUCUCCCCGGACGCAGAUUGUUCCAAGAUUGGUUAAUUGUGACUUGGAAGUGAGAAUUGGAGGGUCAUGCUGACCAUUUUCUGCUACUACAUAUGCCAUUGGGAAUAUAUAUUACAUGUUUUGUACUAAUAAGUAGGAAUCUACCUAUGUGGAUUUCUAUGUUAUGUUCAUCUAUGUUUUUUCAAUUAAUUGUUAAGCCACUUAUGGCCUGUUUCAAUUUCAUAAAUGUUUGUUA